AUGGACGCGCCGGGGGACUGCGAGGGCCCACGCCUCCCCGGAGGUGAUGGCCCUCCAGGAGGUACAAGAGAGACAUCCAGACAGCUUUCAAGAGAACAGCUUUUUGUGCUGAUAUCGGCAGCUUCCAUUAACUUGGGUUCUAUGAUGUGCUAUUCUAUCCUUGGACCCUUUUUCCCCAAGGAGGCUGAAAAGAAAGGAGCCAGCAAUACAGUUACCGGUAUGAUCUUUGGAUGUUAUGCUUUAUUUGACUUGCUGGCAUCUUUGGUAUUUGGAAAAUACCUUGUACAUAUUGGAGCAAAAUUUAUGUUUGUGGCAGGAAUGUUUGUCUCAGGAGGAGUUACAGUUCUCUUUGGUGUGUUGGACCAAGUUCCAGGAGGACCGGUAUUUACCGCUAUGUGUUUUCUAGUGAGAAUAGCAGACGCAGUCAGCUUUGCGGCGGCAAUAACUGCAUCUUUUUCUAUUCUUGCAAAGGCUUUUCCAAACAGUGUGGCCACGGUGUUGGGAAGUCUUGAGAUUUUUUCUGGCCUGGGACUAGUGUUAGGGCCCCCUUUAGGUGGCUUCUUGUAUCAAUCCUUUGGCUAUGAGGUGCCUUUUAUCUUUCUGGGAUGCAUAGUUCUGCUGAUGGUACCACUCAACAUGUACAUUUUACCUAAUUAUGACUCUGAUCCAGGUGAACACUCAUUCUGGAAACUCAUCACAUUACCCAAGAUUGCACUUAUAGCCUUCGUCAUCAACUCCCUCAGCUCAUGUUUUGGCUUCCUUGAUCCUACUCUGUCUCUCUUUGUUCUGGAGAAGUUUAAUUUACCAGCUGGCUAUGUGGGACUGGUAUUCCUGGGUUUGGCACUAUCCUACGCCAUUUCUUCACCGCUGUUUGGUUUACUAAGUGAUAAAAUACCACAUCUCAGGAAAUGGUUUCUGGUUUCGGGAAACAUAAUCACAGCCGGAUGCUACAUGCUCUUGGGACCUAUCCCGGUCUUGCACAUUCAAAGUCAGCUCUGGCUGCUGGUGCUGAUAUUAGUCUUGAAUGGCGUCUCUGCUGGAAUGAGUAUCAUUCCAACCUUCCCGGAGAUUCUCAGUUGUGCAUACGAAAAUGGAUUUGAAGAAGGAUUAAGUACCUUGGGACUUGUGUCGGGGCUCUUCAGUGCCAUGUGGUCAGUUGGUGCUUUUAUAGGACCCACACUGGGUGGAUUUCUUUAUGAGAAAAUUGGUUUUGAAUGGGCAGCUGCUGUGCAAGGUCUUUGGGCUCUGACAAGUGGAUUGGCGAUGGGCUUGUUUUACCUGUGGGAGCACGCACAGAGAAGAAGAUCUAAACUCCAAAAUAUCCUCGGCACAGAGGAAGAGCAAACUGCUCUCUUACCUGAUGAAAUCUAG